CACUUCCGGUAUUCGGCUCUCGCGAGAACAUGUAAGACGCUGAAGUUAGCUUCCGAUUGGGCGAGAUUGUCAUGUUUGACAUCUUAAAUAAACCCUUAAUGUUUCUGAUAUAAACCCUUAAUGUUUCUGAUAUAAACCCUUAAUGUUUCUGAACUAAACCCUUAAUGUUUCUGAAACACUUUUUUAAAUGUAUGAAGCCUUUAUUCCGUUUGUAAAAAUACAACAAAGGAAGAUUUAUCUGCACAAUAGGACAAGUCCAGAUCUGAAAUAUAGACUGGUCAAACCAAAAUUACUUAAAUUCAGAAAUAUAAACAAUACAAAAUACAUAGAAAAAUAUGACCUUAAAAUACAAAUACAAGCAGAAAAAUGCAUCCUAAAAAUGAAAACAUAAGCAGAAACAGUAUAAAUCUAGAAUGUGCUUUUCCUAAGAAAUAAGGUGACAGAAUCAGAAAAAUCUUUAAUGCCCAGCGAGUUUGCACAUACAGGGAAUUUGGCGUGGUGUAGAGAGCAGUACUCAGCAACAACAACAUACAGUAAAAGAAUAAAUACACAAAUUUAAAUUAAGAAAUUUGAAAUAAAAAUGCUAUAAAUAUAAGAAGUACUAUGUAAAAGUAAGUGUAAACAAAGUACUGUAAAAAAAACAACAUAAAUUUGCUUAACCAGGGUAAUAAGUUAGAAUACUAAUUAAAUUACAAUAUUGCACUGAAUGUAGUAACUAAUGUGUUAUUGUAAGAGAGUUAAUGAUAGAUAAUAGCAUAGUUCAUGCUAAAGAGACCAAUGAGUCUAUAAAACGCAGUGUCUGAUUUAUAAAGAUUAUGAUAAUGAUUAUGAUAUGAAAAUGAUUUGAAAAGAGAAGACUUCACAGAUUUUUUUUUGUUUAUUUGCUUUUUGCAACUGGGCCACAUUAGACCACAUCCAGAUCUAAAACCACUAUAUACAGACGGAUCAAACUGGACUGGAUUAUUCCAGAGAAGCAAAAGAAUCUGUACAGCACAAUGUCUUAUUAGUUAAGGUUAAUUCUACAUGUGAAAAUGCAGGAAAAUGGAACAUUUCUGUGGAUUUUUUCUAUGUAAAUCUGAUUAGAUCUAAAAACACUGUGUAUAGACUGGUCUUUUAUAGACAGUAAGGGGGUCUAAAGUGGUCUACAUGUGAAAAAAGCAGUGAAACCCUUCUUUUUUGCAGAACAAAGGUCAUAAAAAUGCAAGAUUUUGCAGAUUGUACGGGUAAGUAUAUUGUGUUUCUAGAUCUGGACCAGGUUUAAUGUGACCCACAUACAGAAAAGGCUUUUUAAAAAUUUUUUUUUUGCUUUUCUACAAAUCAUAUAGUAUAUUUUCCAAACUCCUUGCUCUUCCUGGCAUCAUUUAUUCCAGAUUUAACCAAUUUGUAUAUGGUGGUUUUAAAUUUAAUGUAGUUCAGAUGCAAAUAACAAGCAACAACAAGAAAAAGACACAAUAAGCUUAACAAAUAAACAACAGAUGUCACUUUUUUGCAUUUGCAAUAGAUUUAAGGUUUCACAAAUCAUUUUAUGGAUGAGAGAUGUUUUAUAGACAUAAUGUCUUUCAAAUUUGGCUUAAAUAUGUGUUGGUCUGUAGCUAAUGGUUCACAUGUAUAAAAAGUAGUCAAAUCAGCAUAUUUAAAAAGAUUUUCACUGAUUUAUUCAGUCAUUUAAUUUUUACAUCUUCACAAAUAAAGGAUAUACACAUUGAAUAAACAGGAAACAGAAUCAGUCGCUGAACGCUGCAUGUUGAGUUCCCCUUAACUGUCCCCUUAACCGCCGAGGCGGAAGCAGUGACUCAGAAACCAACUUCAGCGUCGUUGGCAGUGUGGAGGUGACACAAACGUGAGUGGGAUCCCAACAUUAGGCUAAACAACAUGUAUUUUAAUGAUUAUCUAAUUUGACUGUAGCCUGUCAGCGUGCUAAAGGCGCAGCUAGGCUAGGCUAAGCUAAGCUAGGCUAGGCGAGGCGAGGCUAGGCUAGCUGAGACGCAGCGGGUUGAACUAUGUGGAGGUUCCGGGUGGAAACGAAGCUCCUCCGUGGGCUUCUGAACACCUUCAGGACAAAUGGGACCUGCUGUCAUGUUUCAGGGAAGAAAUGGGUGAAACCGAGCGGGUUUGACACGGGUUUGAAGACUUACAACAGCCUGACCAAGCAGAAAGAGCCUCUGGUCCUGGCUAGAGAGGGAGUCGCUACCUGGUACAGCUGUGGACCCACCGUGUACGACCACGCUCACCUGGGUCAUGCAUGCUCCUAUGUCAGGUUUGACAUCCUGCAGAGGAUCCUGUCCAGCUUCUUUGGAGUCACCAUCGUCCACGCCAUGGUGAUCACAGACAUAGAUGAUAAGAUCAUCAGGAGAAGCUGGGAGGAGAACGUUUCUCCAGCUGUCAUAGCCAGAAUGUAUGAAGAUGAGUUCAAGAAGGACAUGCUGUCAUUAAAGGUGAUUCCUCCUGCAGUUUAUUUAAGAGUCACUGAGAAUGUGCAUCAUAUUGUUUUGUUUAUUGACCGGAUCAUCAGAAAUGGACACGCUUAUGCCACUAAAGAAGGUGACGUGUAUUUUGACAUCCAGUCCAUUGGUGAUCGCUAUGGGAGGUUUGCUGGAGCUGUGGAGUCUCAGGGAGAAGCUGGCAGCUCCAGUAAACGAGACCAGAGGGAUUUUGCUCUGUGGAAGCAAUCUAAACCUCAGGAACCGUUCUGGGAAUCUCCGUGGGGCCGAGGACGCCCUGGCUGGCACAUCGAAUGUUCCACGGUCGCAAGCUGUGUGUUCGGCAGUCAGCUGGACAUCCACUCUGGAGGGAUUGACCUGGCGUUUCCUCAUCAUGAGAACGAGGUGGCUCAGAGUGAAGCCUACCAUCAGUGUGACCAGUGGGCCAACUACUUCCUCCACUCAGGGCACUUACACCUAAAAGGCAGCGCAGAGAAAAUGUCUAAAUCUUUAAAGAACUAUAUCACCAUCAAGGACUUCCUGGAGUCUUACUCUGCCGAUGAAUUCAGGAUGUUUUGUCUUUUGACCAAAUACAGAUCAGCGAUAGACUACAGCGACAGCAGCAUGUCGGAGGCUCGCAGCUCUUUAGGAACCAUCUCCACCUUCAUCCACGACGCUCAGGCCUACAUGAAGGGUCAGCUGCAGUGUUCUGCAGUGCAGGAGGACCUUCUCUGGGAGAGGUUUGCUGAGACUAAAUCUGCUGUGCUGAAAGCUCUAUCAGAUGACUUUGACACCCCAAGAGCCGUCAGCGCUCUGAUGAACCUGGUUUAUCAUGGAAACUGCCAGCUGCACCCUGUUUCUAUGCCUGAUGGAGGGGUCCGGAGCCCUGCAGUGUUUGGAGCCAUCAUCACCUACAUCAGAGAGGUUCUGGAGGUGUUUGGGAUCGAUCCGCUGUACAGGAAGGAGGCUGAUGUUCUGAGCGGCUCUGGAUCUCUGCAGGCCGUGGUGGAACAGCUGACACAUUUCAGAAGUGAAGUUCGAGCGUUCGCUCUGACUCGUCAGGAUGAUUCAACCACAGGAUCCUCCAAGAAACCUGGACUCUACCCAGACAGGAUCCCCCUCCUCAAAGCCUGCGACAGCCUCAGAAACGACCUGGCACCCCUAGGAGUGCUGAUAAAGGACAGAGGAGCCACGUCCACCUGGGAGAUAAAAGCUGGUCAGAGAGGACAGGAUAAAGGCCAGGAGACGUCCAGCUGAGAUCCCUCCUACCUCUGGACCGAUGCUUUAUUUUAGGCUUCUGGACUGAAAGACUUGAAAAUAAAAGCAGUCCUGAUGUCAGAACAACAGGA